GCGCUACACGCCGCCGGCGCCGGAGCCUGAGCUUCCUCUUUUGUUCACCACCACUAGCACCUAGCACCACAAAAGGCCCCACGAUGGGCGGCUUUCCACGGCCCUUACUUUCUGGGCUUCUACCUAAAAAGGCAGUGCGACAUCACUUUGGGACGAGUCUUUUCGAUGCUUGGCCCUUUUUCGUCCAGUGUUGGGUGCGCUAAGGGCAGCCAAGCCGCAACGCUGGCACCACGAUGCAAUACGACGUCCCGCAGCUGCGAGGGUUGACAGGAUGCCGCAGAAGAGGGAAAUGCUUCUCCGGCUUGCCGUUAAGAACCUGUCAAGUGACUUCUACCGGCCGUACCGUACUGUAUUGUACUGGCAGCCAUGCGCAUGCUGCACCGCUCCAUGGCGGGCGCGGAGACCGGCCCUAGGAAACAUGGCAUCAAAAACACCAGAGGGCAUGUCUGGCAUCUUGCAGCUAACGCAUGCAAGAUAGAACAAAAUGACAAAACAAUCCAUCUACGCACGCACGAUUCCGCGGAGAUGGUAACCCAACAACUGGAACUUCCUGCAUUGCAUGCGCAGUGCAUCGACGCAGUGCAUGUUGGGAUCCCUCUCAUCUACAGAACAGGCGCCUUCAAUUCCGUCAUGUUUACUCCAUUACACAGCACGGCGUGUAUUCUCAGCUACUUCUCUCGAAACUGGCCUAGCUGAAAGUCAACCAAACGGUAACACAAUGUGUUGUGGUGACCGGAUCCGCUUCCCGCGCAAUGCCCAUCAGCUUCGCGCGGUGCAGGAUCCAUCUUGUCUCCUUUUCUCUCUUUUCGAAAUUUCUCGUGUCCAAGAAUAGCAAUGAUUUCGCUUCCCUCGUUACCAGUAGGCUGGGAGGUGCAUACUCGUCGAUUCCUGUCUCGCCUGAGUCAGAUCGACAAACCGUUCGGGGCAUGCGCGGCGGCGCUUGCGAGACUCCAUCUGAAACGCGCCAUUGUGCCGAUUAACUUAUGUCCUAAAAUGCACUUAAUGCAAAAAGGUUAGGCCUUGGCCGUUAGCGACUUUCUACAAAUUCAACAGAGCAUGCAUUAAUACGACACACACGCCCUUGGCACUCAUAGCAUAGAAGCACAUGGCGCUUGGCAUGCUGCCACUGCUGAUCGGAGAUCUUCUCUCCCUUGAUGCUUAAUCGGCUGGUCAUAGAUUGCCCAAUGUGCGUUCAUCUUGUGGCUUUUUUGUAAGGCGCGCAGUACCACCACCCACCACUCGGGCUCAAAAGAGACCCUGCCGUACCACCCACACUGCGCAUGUCCCCCUGUCGCAAACCCAUGGACGGCUGGCUGCAUAGUUAGGGCGGAAGCCAAAGCUUGGUUCUCCGGAUGGCGCGACACCAGUAAUGCAAAAGGCUUUCAGCGGGAAAUGGUGCUCGCCAGACGAGAAAUCUAAAUAGCGUCGCUAACUCCUAGCAGAGAAAACAUCUUUAGAAAAGUGCCGCCAAACGAGACAAGAUGUGGGACUCUCUUUGGCGAUGUUGUUUGCUUAUUCUGUUCCGACGCUCCCUUCCUAGACACAUCCAUGUUUACAGGGGCGCCUAGCCCGAUUCAUGUCGGGUCGGACCCUAGUGUUGGGCCUGCAGGACAUGGGACAGCGCUGUCUUACAUCUGCGUAUGCUGUACACCUUGUACGUACCCAGGGCCACAGUCCAUCCCAAGUAAUAGACGCGAUGGUCGCAUGCCGAGGCGUGUGCGGAUGCACUACCGCCUUGUGAGCGCCGCAUGAUCUCUUGUCAUCCCGAUGCGCCGCGCCGUCCGUCCAAACCAUCCCAGCCCUGAAUGCUUUUGCGCGACAUGAUCGAGAGACCUUGCUCAGCUUUUGCUUAUCCCCGUUUCUUGCCGACAUUCGUUGCCUCCCCCCUCGGUUGAGUUGUUUCCCCGCCUUUCAAUCACACCCUACCUUCGCAAUGAUCCCUGGAAUGCUUGCAUUUUGCGUAUGCUAGCCUCCGAGCAUUGUCGGCCGGUACGUUGGGAGCUCGAUCUAAGACAGAGUGUCUUUUCUUUUUGACUGAGAUGUUUAGCCAAGUGCGAAGGGCGGGAUACUUUUUUUUUACUGAUCUGCCGAGCUGGCCUCACCGAAUGAUGUCUAUUACACCUUGCGCAGUAUGCGGUCAGCUGGAUACGCAAUCUCUCAUGCUUGACGUACCUUGCAUCUUGCUUGUGUAUCGUGGAUUUUUUACAGCCAUAUCGCAAGGGAAUACGUAAGAGGUUCCGCGCGCAAACACCCACAGCCCAUCUCUCUAUCUGUUAUGCCUGGCUUGAGCUAGCCACCUUUACCAAAAUGCUACGAGGGAAGAGAAUGUUUCACACGUCGCCUCCUCCUAACUAGCCUUCUUCGACACUUGGCACUAACGUUCAAUUGGGAAUGAACUGGGCAUGCCGGCAGAUCUGGUAUAGCGUUGAAAUCAAAAGUUCAGCUCGUCAGCCGGGCUAAGCUGCAGAAACAAACCUGGGACGGUAGGAAGAAGGGUCCCUCAUGGUGUCUUCGGCUAUCGCAGUUGUUUCUACCUGCGCUCACACCAAGAGCCAUUCCGUCCGACACCCCUGGAGUACUGAUAUCCCUUUCUGCGUCUUAGACCCAACCUACUCAUUUGCGUACAUUUUCCUCUUUUUUCCCAGAUCGUGCCUUGGAUUUUGUUUAUAAUCUGUAUUCGCCCUUUACUCCACCAGAGGACAAUGCAUCCGUCUUAUUGAAUCAACUGGGCUCUUGUGCGAACCACGUCCUCGGGCAGCGCAUACCAACUUUUCUCUCUAUCCAAGAGAUGUUUGUGAGCGUACCUGUUCUACCAUUUGGUCAGCACGCCGGACGGAAUCAAGCCAGAUCAAUGGCGGCUUCUACCUCAGCAAAGAUCGUUGUAGAGCCUCCGUCUCGACUCCAGAAGAACCAGAUCAUUUAUCCACCUAUUGUCCUCACGAUUCCUGGUCACCAAGCAGACCCUUCUACACAUUUCUUUGCAACAGCCGUCCUUGUGGAUUCAUCGGGGAACGUCCUUGAUGCUGCGCUGAGCGGCACAACCGCCGUGACAGGCGGCUUCCUCGCGUCCGGGACCAUGGCAUUUGUCUUUACGGACUUGGCCAUUUUGAAGGAAGGGAACUUUCGAAUACGUAUUGAUUUAUACGGCAUGGUCUACGGCGACGAUUCCGGCGCAACAUUAUUGGCGCAAGAGUAUACGGGGAAGAUAUCCGUAAAGGGCCGCCCGGUCUCGCCUACCAAACCUUCCAGAUCCGAAAAGGCAAUUUUACAAGAGGUCAUUGAUUGUGGCCUGGCAGCGCCAUUCGAGUGAUGGAUGAGGUGUCCUCGUCCUGCUGCCAACGGCAGGAGACGAGUGUAUUUUUUUUGUGCUAUGAUGGAAAGACAUUAUAGCACAUAUACUAAAGUUAGAGGGAGAAGAUAUCCUUUGUCGGAAAAAAAGAUAGGGUUGGGUGGUAUUUUGAUUUCGUUUUUUGCAAGGGUAGGCUUAGCGAUCCAGGUUACAUUGUUUCCAUAAACUGAUAAUUAGACUAUUGAAUACUUUAUUUUGAUACCAUUCUAUGCAACAGAAGCUGC